UUAGUAAAAGAUCCGCUCUGGCUUUGAUUAUAUAUUAAAUAAAUGAAAUAAAAUAUAAUAAAUAUUUGAUCGACAAUGAAAACAAUGAAUAAAUGAAAGAGACAAAAAAGAGACAUUAGCCUAGUAUUAACGAAAUUUCAAAUGAUUAUUUUCCUUAUAAUUUUUAGGUUGACAUGACAUCAUACAACUAAAAUAUUAGCAAGAAAUAAACAACAAACUAUAUUAUUAUUGUCGAAAGCCGGUGUUGCACGAAUUAUUCAGUUGUCGACCUCACAUGCACAGAUUAAAUAAGUCACUAGACCUCCAACAGACACACCACUCUCAAAAAUUAUACUUCUAAAAAAUUCCUUCCUUCAAAUUUCCUUCAAAGCGACAAUACAAACUGGUAGAAUGAUAUCUGAUUAUAAGAUAUAACAAGAUUCGUGGAUAUCAUUAAACCUCUAAAAAAAUAUGUAAUCGUUCAGUUUUCAAUGUCAUCUUUCUGAUACCUACCCAUGUGUCAAGGCAUUUUAGAAAAAGGUCGCUUCAGUGGACAAAAAAGUUAACGACUCUAGUAAUAUUAACAUUGCGAUGUCUACAGGAAAGAAGCGAACAAGUUAAGCAUACUACAAAAUGUAUAUGACUCAUAUGAAUCAUUGCUCUCCAUAGCUUUUAAAAAAAGAUAGGAUGUUUAUUUUUUACAAAUUAAGGAACGGAAUGAAACUUAUGGAUGUAUGUUUGAGAAUGGCGUGUCUACUACCUAUAAUAAAUAAUAAUAAUCUAUGCCGCAAGUCCUUUAUCAGUUCCCAGUAUAUAACAAUAGGUAUUAAGAGAAGAAUAACAACAUUAAAGUCCAAUUAACAUCAUUAAGUAUUUCGCAUUCAAACCAUUUCAACGUAUUGUUUUAGUAAAAAAUUGUAACUAGUUUCAUUUUUAAAUAUUUAACUUGAAAUGUGGAACGUUUGUGUUUUGUUUAUGCUCCCAGCGGUAUCGAGUGCGGUGAAUAUAUCAUUUGGAAACAGGAAUAAACGGCAAGAUUACUGGAGUUGGGGACUGGUUGAGGAUAAUGAGCCAAAAAAUGUAAGAUUGGCUACAACUACUACUACUUCUCUUAAUUUUUAUAGCCAACUGCUGUCCACCACUCCAGCCGACGAUGAAGCGGCUGCGUGUCAACCGUACACCUCAGCUAUGCCUAAUUUCUACCAGCCAGGUCGGCGGAUAAGCGAGACCAAAUGCUACGAAUAUGCUUGGCAAAUGCAAGACCAAGAUGAGAGAGAUCAAAGGGAAAAGGCAUGUUUGGCCUACAGGAGACAAAAGGCUGGUUUACGGUCGUUUCGGAACCUAGUCGUCGGUGGCCGACGAGCUCUUGCUGGGGAAUACCCUCACAUGGGAGCGCUAGGCUGGAGAGCCGUUGAAGGCACCUGGAUCUUCAAAUGUGGAGGGGCUCUAAUCAGCCCCAGAUUUGUGCUGACAGCUGCACAUUGCACUAAGUCGUCGCGUGAUCCCACUGUGGCUGAGGCUGCUCCGAAGAUCGUGAGGCUGGGAGCCAGGAAUAUUCUCGAUGUUCCUGAGCCCCACGACGAGCUAAUCACUAGAAUCCUCGUCCACCCCUCCUACUCUGCCCCUCGCAAGUACAACGACAUAGCCCUACUGCGGUUGUCCAGAGACGUCGAGUUCACCAGAUACAUACAGCCAGCUUGCUUGUGGACCUCGGUCAAUACAAGCGCCAUUUUCGGUGCAACUGUUACCGGUUGGGGAGUAGUGGUUUCAGGUGGUCGCGAUUCAUCCCCGAACCUUCAAACGGCGGAGGUGGACAUCAUAGAGUCCACCACCUGCGACGGUCUGCUCCGCCAUUACUGCAACCGAAAUUGGUGCGGGCUAGACCAGACGCAGGUCUGCGCCGGUAAAAUUGAGGGAGGAGUUGACACUUGCCAGGGGGAUUCCGGCGGGCCGUUGCAAGUGCGAGCUGGUUCAUUGACCUCGGUGAUCGGCGUGACGUCAUUCGGCUUCGGCUGCGCGCGCGUCGGAGCUCCGGGCGUGUAUACUAGGGUCGCUGCAUAUAGCGAUUGGAUCGAACGUCACGUAUGGGGAUAAGGUGAUUGAUUCCAAAUAAACAAUUUAUUAUGGUUUGAUCUCAAAAUUCAAAAAAAUAUUCUGCAAGUAGACCUCAACGGCUCAUUUACAAGUCAAUACAACAUUUACAUAUGGGAGGGGGGGGUAUCGAGUUAAUACUAGUAUAUAGUCAUGUCACUAUUUGACAUGACAUCUGGUUUUGAUAUUACCUCGGCGGUCAUCUAAUCUUGGUGGUAAGCGCGCAUCUGACGCACGAGUUUUCCUUAUUUUCGCUUGCACUAAUUACCGUGAUUCAUCUUCAAUGCCGUAUCAAAACAGUAACAAAUUGUAUUCUUAAAUUAAAUUCGAAUUGGGCUCAAGGUUUGCUAAAUUUAGGGGUAGGGUUGGCAGUGACGUUUGAGAAAAAGACUGUGGGGUAACAUCGUCGAUCACCUGUCAUUAUAUUAUCCCUUACUGAACUGCUGAAAACUGAUAUAAAUUUCGUGAUUUCUUGCGUGAGAAUACGGUGAUAAGGUUUAAUGUGUCGUGUGUCUUUGGUGUGUCUGUGCUAUUUUCUGAUUUUUUUUUACUUUUUUACAAUAUUUAAUCGUAUGGCAUAAAUAUAAAAAUAGGCAAUUAUUUACAUUAAAAUUAUUCGUUAGUAAUUUAAUCGUCAACGUUCAGGAUACUGAUCCAAGCAGCUGCGUCGGGUGUGAGAUGCAGUAGAUCCUCGUACUAGAUUAUUUUUACUGAUGACGUAAAAUGGACAGAGUCAAUUAAAUCCAAGUAUUUCGAAGUUGUAUUAGUCUCCACACGUUUGAAAUCAUAUUCGAAUUUAAAUUUCUUUCACGUUCGCAGCAAAAUCUAAUUUUGCUAAUUGUUUUUAAGCAGCGAAGUACCCUUGUACGAGCUGGUGAGAUCAAUGAUAGUAUUUUUGGAGAAUAAAUUUGUUAGAAAUUAGUUUGAUAUCGAAGUAAAUUUUUUUUUAUACCUAAAUAACGUUA